CACCUUCCCCCUCCUCCUCAUCCUUGCCUUGCCUAGCUACUCUCAUAUCUCACCCUACUUACUUACUUCCUCGCUCUCGCUGUCCCUCGCUCACUCUCACAGUCUCACUCCGGCCGGUCAGGCGCGGGCGGCUAUGGCGGCGAGGGUGGUGUGGGUGAACGGGCCGAUCGUGGUCGGGGCGGGGCCGGCGGGGCUGUCGGUGGCGGCGUGCCUGCGCGAGCGCGGCGUGCCGUCGGUGCUCCUGGAGCGCGCCGACUGCAUCGCGUCGCUGUGGCAGCGCCGCACCUACGACCGCCUCCGCCUCCACCUCCCCAAGCACUUCUGCGAGCUCCCCGGGAUGCCCUUCCCGGACGGCUACCCGGAGUACCCCGACCGCCGCCAGUUCGUCGACUACCUCCAGGCCUACGCCGCGCGCGCCGGCGUCGAGCCGCGCUUCAACCAGUCCGUCACCUCCGCGCGCUACGACGACGCCGCGGGGCUCUGGCGCGUGCGCGCCGAGGACGUCAGCGUCGAUGCGGCGGGCGACGUCACGGAGUACAUCGGGCGGUGGCUGGUGGUGGCCACGGGGGAGAACGCGGAGCGCGUCGUGCCGGAGAUCGACGGCGCGGACGACUUCGAGGGCCCCGUGUCCCACGUCGCCGAGUACAAGUCCGGCGCCGCGUACCGCGGCAAGCGCGUCCUCGUCGUCGGCUGCGGCAACUCCGGCAUGGAGGUCUGCCUCGACCUCUGCCACCACAAUGCCCUCCCCGCCAUGGUCGUCCGGGACUCGAAGGUGCACGUCCUGCCGCGGGAGAUGCUGGGCGUGGCGACGUUCUCGGUGGCCGUCUUCCUCCUCCGGUUCCUGCCGCUGUGGGUGGUGGACAGGAUCCUGGUCGUCCUGGCAUGGCUCUUCCUCGGCGACCUCGCCAAGAUCGGCAUCACCAGGCCAUCCAGGGGGCCCCUCGAGCUCAAGAACACCAGGGGGAGGACGCCCGUGCUCGACAUCGGCGCGCUCGCCAGGAUCCGCUCCGGCGACAUCGAGGUCGUGCCCGGGAUCAGGAGGCUCCUCCGCGGCGGCGCCGAGCUCGUCGACGGCCGCCGCGUCCCGGCCGACGCCGUCAUACUGGCCACCGGAUACCAAAGCAACGUCCCCCAGUGGCUCAAGGGAAGUGACUUCUUCACACAAGAGGGGUACCCAAGGGUGCCAUUCCCAGAUGGUUGGAAGGGGGAGUCAGGGCUCUACUCUGUUGGCUUCACAAGGAGAGGCCUCUCUGGUGUCUCCUCAGAUGCUGUUAAGGUUGCACAGGACAUUGCCAUGGCAUGGAACCACCAAACCGCCACCACAAGAUGAUUGAUUUAACUUGCUAAGGAAUUAACCAUGAUCAGCUUGCUAACUGCAAACAAAUUGCAAUUAAUCAAAUAUCUUGAGGCGCAACAUGGCACUCAACUGGCUAAGAACUGCAUGCUACAAACUCUGUUCAGAGACAGACACCAAAAUAUUCAGAAACCAAGUCAGGGUCCAAAAAAAAACUAUAAAACAGGGGGGAGAUGAAGCUUCAGAGUAGAUGAAGCUUCAGAGUUCAGGAGAUGGAUGCCACAACAAAGGGGAAAAAAAGGGGUGCUAUGGAUGCUAGGUUUAACAUUGAUGAGGAGGCCAGAUUAAGAUGCAUCAAGUAGAGCCCAAAUUUUGUUGUACCCAUGGGCCUUUAUGUACAGAAUGUUAUGUAGUGGAGCUUGUGUACAUCUAAUGGUUGGUAGGGAAUCUAGAGUUGACAUUCAUAUGUACUUGGUUAAUGUUUACGUAAUAUGGAGGUGAUGAUGAUGAGACGCAAUUUCGAUUUAUAAUAUUUCUUAAGUUUUUUUAAAAAAAUUAAUAAAUAGCCUUUAGUAAA